CAAGUCCUCGCUUCCUCAAAACGCCGCCAUGGGACGGGCGCGAUGCUUGGCACCCUUGGCCAUGGCCCUUGGCAUGGCCUUUGUGAUGCCUUUGUGUUUCAGUUGGAUGCCGCAGGGUGCGCAGGGUCCGCAGGGUCAGGGUCAGGGUCAGAAAAGUCCCAGAUCCAAGGUGAGUCGACAGAUCCAAGCCAAUGACGCUUCGGAUUUUCACGCCAUGGAUCCCAACUAUUUGGUGAAGGAAUUUUCGGCCAUGACCAAAACCGCCUUCAGACGCCGUAUGGCCUUGCGAAAGCCCCUGCCGGAGCGGCUGGCUUUGUUUUUCCCAGCCAUUGAGGGAAGAGAAGGACAAUCCCAAGAUGCGCGACUGAUGAACUUCAACAUGGCGGGCCAAAGUGUCGAAGUCGCUUUGCCAAUGGAAGGUUCCAAUGGAUCCGGGAUCCUGAAGUUGAUCGAGAAGCACGCAUCUUUGUGGCGCGUGCACAGCUCCGAAGUGCCGCAAGUUCCUCCGGGCACUUUAGUGCAGCUCUAUGAUGCCACGCCCAAUAUGCAGGCGCCCCAGUCGGCCGAGACGCUUGGCGCGGUGAAGAGUAGCCUGCUGCAGCGGUCCUCGGCAACGGCUGGAGGCAUGGCCUGGAACGGCAUGGCUGGUUUCAGCCCGUCGAGCUGUCCCAGGGACUUUGAUGGGGUGCACGUGGCCUAUACGGUUUGGGAUUGCCGAGGAGCUUCUGGAACUUGCAAUAUGCUUUCAGAGGGUGAAGACGAGGGCGCCUUGGUCUGCGAGUUUGGUGCCAUGAAACGAGGCUUGUCGACGAUGAUCCCCGGAGAAAGCCGUCGAUUUUGGAUCUCCAGCGAGGUCAAGGACCGUCGCUUCGGACGACCUCCUCCCGAACGCGCCCUUCCGUUUGGAGAUGUUGUGGUGGACCUCACGCUGCUUGGAAUCGAGCGUGAGGCGGUCUUUGAGUACAAACUCUCUGAUGAAGCGAUCAAACUGGGUGAAAUGCGAGACAAGACACCCGCAGUGGUGGCCCAAAGGGCCUUGGGCGUUGGCAUCCAACUGUGGACAUGGGCCUUAGUCUAUUCCUACUACCAGCAGCCCCAGGACAUGGACAUCAUUGGCUUCUCGCAGUCAGUACACCUAUGAACAGCUGUUCCAGCCUAGUGGCCCGGUGAACAGGGUCAUGGCACCAUAAAUUCGCGCAACUUCCGCGGAACGGGAUGAGAUCCCGGCUGGCCGCUUUGGCGGGCACUGACUCAGCUUUGGUGCGUGAGUCUGUGGAAUUCCAGCUGCAACGACAUUGCUGCACCCAUGUUCCAAGGGGAACUCUGUCAGCCGAUGGCGCAGAGUGCAAAUUGGCAAGUUGGCAAGGAAUCCAUUCUUAAGUGAAAUGGGUUCCCAACAGCAAUGCCAUGUACAAAAAAUGUUGGUGCACGCAAUAAUUUCAGUAUUAUUCAGGGAUGCUUGAGCAUGUCACAGAUGCGAAAGCUGUUAGGCUUGUCACCUGCGCAGGCAACUUGGCAUGAAUUUCGACCAUCGCCCCAAAGGCUUGCAUGACCAAAAGUGAAGGUGGAGUGAUACGCCCUCUUCUGAUUUCAAC